AUGCAGGAUACUUAAAUUAAUCAUUUAAUCAAUAUUCUAAUUUCUCAAUAGUAAUAAAAAAUUAAUCAGGAGAAUGCUCUUCCUUUUGUAUUCAACAAGGUAAUACAUGUAAUUAAAUAAAAAAGUAGUGUUCAUGUUAGUCUGGCUAUUUUGGAUAGUUUUGUUAACUUUAAAGAAAAAUGGUUGUUUUAUAAAUUCAAUAUGAUAUAAUUAUUAAACCACUUUAAUGGAUUUAUAUUGGCUUUGAAACCAGAUAAUUGAAUUCAAAUGAUACUCUCAAAUUAAAAAUUCGUGAUUAAUCAUCUGAAAUGUUAAUGGGAUUAGGAAUGCAAGGAAUAGAAAAUCAUGAAAUUCCCAAUAUCCAUUAUGAUGCUUAUAUGAUACCAAAGAAAAUUCAAUAACAGAUUUAUCAAUUGAAAGGGGAUUUAGUGUACUAUUAAUCUAUGUGUAUGAAUUGCACCUAUUUGACUAUUGGUUUUUACAAUUAACAUUCUUAUCCUAUAUUGUUUUAUUUUGAAUUAUUUGAAAAAGAAUUGUCAAAAGAGAAUGAUCAAUAUCAUUUAUAAAUUAUUUUAUAAUCUAUCUUUCUAACUUGUUUUAUUUUGAUAACUUAUUUGAUAUUUAGAAAGAUUAGAUAAAAAUAAUUAAGAUAAUAAGUGACAUUAAUUUAAAGAGAGUAUCGAGGAUAUAGAAGAAGAAGAAUAAUAUAAUAAUAAUAAUAAAAUGAUGAUAUUUUAAAAGGAUUUAAUUUAGACUUUAUUUAAACAUAUUUUCCUUAAUUUUAUUAUUUGGAUCUUAUAGAUAAAUAUCCUCAAUUAAGUGAAUUUGUUGAAUGUGUAGUUUGUUUAGAAUCAAUGGCUCCUCCACAAUAAGGAAAAUUGACAGAGAGAGAUCAUAUAGAUCAUUGUUCUUUAACACCAUGUUAUCAUCUAUUUCAUUAGCAUUGUUUAUUCAAAUGGUUGUAGACUCAAAAAUGUUGUCCUUUAUGUCGAAAAGAAUUUAUAGAAUCAGACAUAAAAAAUAAACCUUGGAUUAGUUUGAAUAAUGAUAUAAGUUUGAGAGAAACAAGCAGAAUUAAUCCUUUUGUUUAAAGAAUGAAAACAAGAAGUGAAAAUACAUAAUCUUCUGAUAUUCCUUUAAUGGUAGAUACAGAAUAAGUAGAAACUUAACCAAAUAAAGAUAUUAUUGUAAAUAUUGCUUAAAAGAGUGCUAGAGAUUUGAUUAUAAGAUGA